GCAAAAGGAAGAUCGAACAAAAUAUUUACCCUUUCGUUUUUUUAACAGUUCGCGUAGUAAAAGACACUCGUCAGCAUGGCCGGGAAUGAAAACACCGAAAACACUGAAUCGUUCCGGCUUCCGGCACCCAGUUUUAAGGCGGUAACUAAAAAAUCCAUCGAUAGCUUCACAAAGCUUCGCAAUCCACAUUUCUCAACGCCUUCCGGAAUGCUGCUCCCGCGGGAAAAGCAACCUCCACCGAUGUAUGGACCGCGUGGAGCCACUGUUCCACCCUGGCUAGUGACCCGUGCAAAUCAGCAUCACCCGCCAGGUUACGGAAAAAAUGUUGCUCAACAAUCACAGCAACGUUUCAGAGGACCUGCCCGUAGAAAUUUCAAUAGUGGAUUCGACAAGGAUGUCAUUCCGGAGUUAUUGAAGGUAAAUUGGGAUUUUUGGUGUGAGGGCUGCGAUGUGAAUUGUCGAUCAGAAGAAGAGCUGCAGAAACACCUGAGAGGACACCAGCCUUGCGACAUUGAAGGAUGCAAAUACGUUGGCCAUCCCCGGGUGAUGAAAAAGCACUGGAGGUUGGCACAUGAUGAGCAAAAACUACAGGAAAAGGCACAAAUGGAAACCAAACAGUCACCGCAGGACAUCGAAAAGUGGAGGAUGGAGCGGCGCAUGAGAUAUCCCUCGAAGGCAAAUGUUUUGCUAAGAAUGCAGGAACAAGAGGAACGCUUCAAGCGAGGGGAAAGAAUAGAGGAGAAUAAAGACAGAUUUCCGAACAAAAAACUGCGGGAACCAAAUAAGAAUAAUCAAAAGCAGUCUAGGAAUAGGAGGAAUCACCAACAUAAACCGAAAAAAAAUAAACCAGUAGUGGAGAUGGUCGCCAACGGCACAGAUUCGGACGAUGAAAUCGAAUCUAGAGUUAGAUUCAAAGGAACGUCAGAAAUGAAAAACUAUAAAAAGAAACAAGCAAAUGCUCUAUCCUUACUGUGUGGAUAUGGAACGGAUAGUGACGAAUCUUCGGCAGAAUCGGACACCAAGUCAAUACCUGAUAAUACAAAUACCCCAGAACAUCCUCCCAACGAGUUAGAAGAAACAACAUCGGUGGAGAAGAUUGUUUCCAGCAACCAAUAUUUGAGUGAGGGGGAAAUUCUAGAUUCAGAUUCCGAUCAACAGAUUGCUACAGAUGAGACACAAAGCCUCAAACCAGAAUCUUCAACUGCAAUUAAUGAAAAUAUAGAACAAUCAAAGUCUCUAGAUGAUGAAAGCAAAACCAGAAAAAGGACCCGCACCCAUAGAAAACGAAACGGAGCUUCAGUCGAGGAUGCUUCUGCCCAAGUCAUAACUGCUAAGCUUCCCCGAACUGAUAAACCUUUGCUAGACUAUUCCAAGCUUCGCCACGCUCGACAGAACACACUGCUGGAGAAACUACUUGAGCCGGACAUUCGGCAUGAGAGAAACGUUUUGCUACAAUGCGUUCGAUUCGUAGUGCAAAAUAAGUUCUUCGGAAUUGGUCAGCCAAAAACCGACGACAAAAUCGACAAAUAAAAGCUUUUGUUUAUUAUUAAA